AUGCAUGAUUAUAUCAAUGCAGAGGACACUGAGUUGUGGGAUAUCAUUCUUGAUGGUCCUUACAUUCCAGUCAAGGAAGUGAAGGAUGGAGAGACCACCACUUCUAUGGUCAAGACAAGAAAAGAAUACAAUGAAGCUGAUAGGAAGAAGAUUGAAAAAAAUUACAAAGCCAAGAAGAUCCUAGUGUGUGGGAUUGGAGCGGAGGAGUACAACAGAAUUUCUGCCUGUGAAUCUGCCAAAGAGAUAUGGGACUGUCUCCAAACAGCCCAUGAGGGAACACAACGAGUAAAAGAGUCUAAGGUCGAUAUGCUUACGACUCAAUACGAGAAUUUUUGUAUGAAGGAAGGUGAAACUAUCUUUGAAAUGAACUCAAGAUUCACUUCCAUCACCAAUGAACUAAGAUGCUUAGGUGAGCCCAUUCCCUUAAGCAAACAAGUUCGCAAGAUUCUCAAGGUUCUUCCCAAGUCAUGGAAAAGCAAAAUUGAUGUUAUAACAGAGGCAAAAGAUCUGAAGACACUUUCCAUGGAUGAGCUGAUUGGAAAUCUCUAG